AUUUUUACCGCGGUGAUGCUCUUCGCGGUGGCCCGUCAGAUAGUUGAGCGGAGGGUUCAGCUGAGGUUCGAGAUUCCUCGCGCGGACAGCAGGUAUAAAGCCCCAUCAUCAGUGAGUGCGGACACAACGCUUCUGGAGCAUCUUUGGACACGCGCGAGGAACCACAGCUUCACCAUGAGUAACAGCCCAGAGAGGAUGUCCUCUUACCGCCGUCACUUCGAGGGUGGCCUGACCUCGUCUUCCACGCUUCAGGUCCGGGUCUGCAGCCCUUCGCCCCCCCGCGGAGCCGCGCGCCACCGCUCUGCCAGUUACACCCGCAGCGGCACUAUGGCACGCAGGGCGCUCUCCGGAUCCCGCAAAUCACGCAUGACCAGCAGUGUGAGUAUGGGAACGCUGUGUCUGGGCAGGGGUUUGGGGGUUGCUGGGGGUGCGCUGGAUCUGGACGCUGCAGCCGCUGAGAACCAGGCUUUCCUCAGCACACGCACCAGUGAGAGAAAGGAGAUGGUCGUCCUCAAUGACCGUCUGGCUGUAUAUAUCGAGAAGGUACGCUCUCUGGAGCAGAGCAACAAGCUGCUGGAGGCAGAAAUUGAGGGCAUCAAGAGCCACUACGUGAAGCCGUCCGGUCUGCGGCUGCUCUAUGAGGACCAGCUGAGGGAGCUGAGGAGGAUUGCUGACCAGAUGAAAGUCCAGCGGGACCUGGCAGUAGCAGCAAAGGAUGCCAUGGCAGGUCAGCUGGAAAUGCUGAAGGUGAAAUACGAGGAGGCUUUGGAGGCCAGGAAAAAGGCAGAGCUUGAAAUUGAAACCUUCAGACCGGAUGUGGACGCAGCCACAUCCGCCCGAAUUGCCUUGGAAAAACGACUGGAGAACCUGGAAGUGGAGCUUGAGUUCCUGCAGAGGAUUCACAAAAAGGAAAUCGAGGAGCUGAUGGCUCAGAUUUAUGGAUCUGUGGCUAAAGUAGAUGUGGCCUUCUCUUUGCCCGAUCUGGCAUCCGCCCUCAAACAGAUCCAGGCUCAAUAUGACAGUAUCGCUGCCCAAAACCUGCAGGAGAUGGACGCUUGGUAUAAAGCAAAGUUUCAAGAUCUUAACAAAGCUACAUCACGGCAUGUGGACACAGCGAGGAGCAUCAGAGAGGAACUCACAGCUUACAAGAGAGAGAUUCAGAAUAAACAGAGAGAACUGGACGCUCUUAAAAACAGGAAUGAAGCACUGCUGCUCCAGAUCCAGGAAGCACAGGAGAGACACAAGAAAGAGGAGGAGGAGCUACAGAUCCGUAUCGAGACUCUAAAGGAGGAACUGAAGUCUAUUAAGGGGAAGAUUGGGCUGCUGCUGAGAGAAUAUCAGGAACUGCUCAACCUUAAGAUGUCGCUGGAGAUUGAAAUCACCACAUACAGGAAGCUGAUAGAGGGAGAAGACAGUCGCUUGUCCAGUAUGGUGAGCGGUCUGUCUCUCAUGAGCGUGAGCUCUGGGGCGAUCAGUGGAGCGGUGAGCUCGGCCGCCUCAGAGAAGAUGCUCUCCAGCAGCACACUGGUCGACCACAACCAUCACGAGUCUGUGGGGGAGUACACUCACGAGCAGGCUGUGGAGAUGACGGAGAGGAAGACCGUCCUCAUUAGAACAGUUAAGACAGAUGAGGACACGUUUCAAAGGGACACACAAGAACGUACCAUCACUAUCUCUGGCGCCGCAGAGGAGAACGAUUGAAAUAGUCUCAUUCCAAACCUCCAUAUCCUAGUUUAUUCGUUUAGAGUUGUUGUUGCUCAGAUCUCACAUUCCGAUAUCAAAACUGGUUACAAAGCAAAUGUCAAAAAAGUCUCAUCCUUUGCUACCUACUUUGUGCUUUGACUAAACUGCUGUAACUGCGUCUAUAAGCGUUUAACCAUGUGUCAUCUGAUUCUUCAAAAUAAAGUUUGAUUGCAUAGCA